AUUUCUAUAUAACCUCAACAUUUAUAAACCAUUCAACAUUGAGUUGAGCUUUUUCUUCUCUUCCUGACUUGUCUUCGUGUUUUUGCAGAUAUUAUUCUUGAUUUAUUGUAAAAACACAAUGAUUCCACGCCUAACUCAUGUUAUGCAACUGGUGAAAAAUGUGGAAAGGAAUUUAUUUCAUAUGUUUGGUUAUCCACCUAAAGAGCUGGCGUUAGCUUACGUCCAUGAGAAGAAACCAAUCACAUCCCCAAAAAAGUUCUCAAUUAAGGACAUAGUUGGAGAUGGGUUGCUUCUGGCUGUACCCAAGUUCCGAAGAACUAUUGAAAAGAAGUUAAAGAGAAAAUUUGGUUCACCUCAAUAUGUAUGGAAAAUGCUUGUUCCCAAAAAUAAUAUCAAAGUUUGUCAAAACUGUGGACAUCAUCAUGAAAAAGGAAGAUUAUGUGAACACUGCUACACAAAAGUUAAGAAAGAGACAGAAGAAAUUCAGGCUAAAAUUCAGGAGAAGCUUGGUAUCAAUCCAAUUGAGAAUGAUGUUGUGGUUUUGUAUAAAGGGGAAACUCUUCCUGAUGAGCCCAAAGAGUUCUGGAAAGGCAAAAGAAUUAUUGAGAUGAAAAAGGAACGGCCACAAUGGUUCAGCAAGAAUCUUCUCCAGAAAACAACACAAAAGCCUUCCAAAUCAACUGAAAUUAAACCUACAGACUUAGCUUAAAAUAAAUCAAGAACAGUAGUAAUAAAGUAGUUGUAUUAAGAGCUAUCAAUUUGAUAAAUAAAACAUAAAUUACAA